AUGUCGUUCGACGAAUGGCUUGCAUCCGAUGAUUCUGCGACCCUGUUCGACUUCUCCGAUUGCCAGGGAGCCUCGAGUGCAGCUUCAGCGGACAUGGGCACCGGUCCAAUCGAAACACCUUACCAGCAGGAACCGCCCAUGUUCUAUCCUUCUGUCCCAUCAGACCUCAGAGCCAGCGACCAGAAUGGCGAAACGAGAAUGCUCUUGCUUCUGAUCCUGUCCCGGUUGGAGACUCAAGAUCGUCUCAUGACAAAGAUAGACUCUGUUAUGGACAAGAUCGACAGAUUCAUGUCGAGGGUUGACUCUGCGAUGGAAAACAUCAGGACGGGCUUGGACAAGUUCACUGCGGACAUGAUUGGGUUUCUGAAGGGGUGCGUUGUCUUCGCUGGAAACCAGGACGUGAAUGCAGACGAGGAGAUGGGCAGCCUGCUUAGCACUAAGGCCACGUGA